GUCUCACCUCUUCAUCUUGACUGGUGUCUAUAGGUCCUUCGUGUUUUGAUUCUUUUUCGCUUGUCAAUGUGAAUGUGAUGUUGAGAUGUUUAUUUCUUGUUACUUCCUGGACGUUCUCAGUGGUCUAAGCAACAGGAGGCUAGAGAAAAACGAAUCUUAUUCUUACGGCUAAUGACUUUUUACAUUUACCCUGAUGUUGGAAGUGGAGCUUCUAGGUACAGGCAGUAAAUUAAUGUAGAUUAAUCAUGCUGUACUCCUGGUGACAGACUGGCGUCAAGAAUGAUGUGGUUAGGUACUUGACAUCGAAUAGUGCUUGAAGAAGAACAAGAAGUAAUAGAUGAAGAUAACCAGCUGCGUAGAUGAAGAAAUCCGACGAAAAUGAUAUUAAUGACCAUGAUCUUCACCGAAAAUUCCAAGAAGAGUACGCUUACGCAUAAAAACGAAGAAGAAGAUGUUUGACGCGACUCCCCAGCUCGACCGGUUUGAAAGCCAGUUCUUAUCGCAAGAAAAUGCUGGUUGGGGCUCAAACACGACGCCGCGUCAAGGUGCUCCUCCAGUUGUUGUUUAUCCACUACUAGCAGAAGCAGAUGUUGGUGGAGUCGGUGCUGAGGAGCUGGGGACGGGAACAACAACGCAAGCGCAACUGGCUGAACAUUUUCACGUGAGAGGAAAUGGAGAUGCAACCGAUUUGGCGAGUCCGGAAGCGCUUUCCUCAUUGUCGCCGUCACCUCGCACGAUUCGGGAGAGACAUCGCAACUUCUUCGAUUGUACAGAAAACAACUCCAACUGUAGUUCCCCACCUCAUCAAGAACAAGAAUAUUAUGUUUCCGGAGCCACACCCACAGGUGGGGUUUCCAUGCACCAAGUGACCUCAUCUCCCGAAGACGACGGCUUUUACUCGGCAACACAGAGCAAAAGCGCUGGAGGCGGUAGCAGAAGCGUGUCUUUGGGCAUAUCAAGCAAGGACUUAUCUUCGAGUAGCGGUAACGAGGGUGGAGGGUUCGGAGUUCCUAGGCGUGCUGCUGGAGAUGCGACUUGUAAAAUAGGCGAAAGCUGCACUACUCAUGAUAAAAGGUCGUACAGAGGUACUUCUAUUGCUCAACCAGGGUAUUCGGAUUUGGCAGCUUAUCUAGAGGAGGCUGUCGAAGGUUGUGACGGAGACGAAGCAUCAUUCAAAUCACCUCUUGAUCAUCAAUCAAAAAGAGUAGGUAAUUUAGGGGCGCGCAUUGCAUCAGAGGGGGACCAGGUUCCAGGACAAAUUCAUGCCAUGCAGCCAGGUUCUACAACAUCAUGUCCUACUUCCAGCAGAUCUGUUGGCGGACAGCACCACGACAUCAAGCAAAGGAAUGUGGUAAAAGGUAGUACAGUAAUCUCUUCAACGAUCACGACUACCAGCGACAGUGCACCAAUCAACAGUGCACCUGAAGACAUAGAAGCUCAGGCGGCUGCGAUGAGAUACCGUUCGCGAUUUUUGGCGUAUCAGAGGCACCCGGACGAUAUACUGGAGACCCAUUUAGCACAGCAACUCGUAUGCGCCUCGUGCUGUUGCUUCCCGCUCUUCCUCGUUGUCCCGAACGCAUGGAAACCAACAGAAAAACUUCCCGUCAUCCCUCUGGCAGAGCAGGAGCAAGCAAAAGCGGUAACGCAGGGGAACGCAUUAUGGCCGCUUAUAAAUUCUCAGUCAACUACAUCAUGAUCAUCAUGUAGAAAGAUGUAUGAUGAGACCCGCUGCAGCAGCCAUCGUCUUGCUUAAUAGAGAAAGUAGUAGGUACAGGAGGAGCAGUGAAAGUGAUGCUAGCUAGCUAGUAUCAUGGUUUUCACACUCACGCUGAAGGAGAUUCCUUCCAUUUCUAAGUUUUGCAAAAGCAAGCUACAUCAGCGGUGUCUCGUCGUGGCUUCGCGAGCAGGACAGUCCCAGUAAGAGGGUUUUGAUGGGUUGGGCCGCGACUAUCUGUGGCGUCUCUUGGAACAGCGCGAAGACGCUAUGUAAAAUUCUAGAGGAGACCUCUGGUAUUAGCGUCUACGGCCUGUGGUUCGGAGUGGUAGGAUUUUUCCACGUACUGUUCGUGACGAUAGCGUCGCAGGCCUUACCGUUAAUUUUCGGUCCGCUGCAGUCCUUUCUGCCGAUGUACUACAUCGUUUUCUCCUUCCUCACCUACUUCUUCUGGCUCAAAUGCAUGUUGGAUGCCUACUUUCCUGGACUCGACUGCCAGCGCCUAUGCGAUCAUUGGAGGCUCCGUGUUCAGCUCGCAGUGGCGAGAAGAAAACGAAAAGUUGUGUUAGGGGCUUCAACAACUACAUUGAGUGGUGCAGGUGGAGGAAACGCAAAGAAUCAUGGACGAGAUGAUGUUCAAUACGAUCCUAGGAACAAGAAUGAAGCAGGCGCACUUGUUGGGCGUCCGAUAAGAGCUGCGGGAAGCAGUCUUUGCGUACAUCCUUCCCGCUCUGAUAGUUAAGGCAAGUAGAACCAAAAGAGGAUCCCACUGCAGGUGCAGCAUGAUCCUUCUUCUUGGCCUUUUUGGCAUCUUUUCCUAAAAAGGGGAAAACAAGAUGAAGAUGAUGUCAAACAGGAGGCCGAUUGUGCAGUCUUCAGGGCUCUAAGAUGGUGCGCCAGAAGAGCUGGAAGAUGAACUAGCGUUGACGGAGAUGAGUCGUGUAGACUAUCAGGGGAGACGACGCCCCACCAGCUUUGUAGACCUUUGCCUCAACAUUCACGGAACGGCAAGAAUAUUCAUAGGAACGAUUAUCUUCUUCACGCUGGCUUCAGCAAUAUUCGGUGCGAGUUUCGUCAAUCCGGGGUACUGAACUUUAGACUUUCUUGGAUACACAUACAACCCUUGUUCAAUAAGCUUGUUGUACUACAAUUUUCAUUACGUACAACUACUGUCUACUUCGUCUCUCAAUAGUUUACGAGACGCACACUCAUAGUACGUUCGUCGUUUCAUGAUAAUCAGCUGUUGUUCGUUUAUCUUUAUCAUUUCACUGGACCACACAAGACAGAAAGGAAGAGCAGCACUACUUCGGUUAGAGUCAUACACUGACAUACACAUACAGUGAUCUCUUCCUCCUUCUCACCAGAUACGUUCCGCUCCGCACGUACCCGUGGAACGUGGACCCCUUUACUGAUACUUCGUAUCGGUACGGCGCCGACCGGGAGGACGUUUCGGGACAAUACCAUCUGUAUUUUGGUGACGCGGAUUCUCGAUUGAAAUAUGAGGCGAUAAUCCGUGACUACUGGCAAAAGGGUCUCAGCGACAGUGAGCGGCUUUACAUGUUAAGGGUCGUUAUCGAAUUACAUCCCGCAGCACGGCCAUAUCUCCUGGCUCUUUUCAUAUUUAUUCUAAGUGUAGUCUUCAGUCUCAUUUCAAGCACUGUUCUCUCCGCUCCAAAGCUUAUUAUAUAUAAGUAGAUGAAAUGCAAAUGAAGGAGCCAGUCAUGGACUUAUUUCAACAUCGGAGGAACCAAUGUAAUUCUGCAACCUCCAAAGAUGUCCGGCGUAGAGAAUCCGGAAUCCGCGAAGCUUGUGUCAUCAACUGUGGAAUUCUGUCCGACAUGCAAAGCCUGGAAGGUCCACAUUGACAAACACAUCCAUCACUGCAGGAUAUGUCAGCGGUGCACUGUAGGUAUUGCCAGCAUCUUCAAUACACAGGCCUAGUCUAGUACAGCAUUGAGCAUACUACUUUCAGUGUGGUGUCCAUCUAGAUCUAAGGAAGAUGAAGAUGUCGACGUAGUUUUAAAAAUCUCUUUAUCUUUGUAGGUUGCAUGCAAAUUAUAGCGUGUACCUAACUAUUUUUUAAUAGCGUGUAUCUAAAUUUAUUUACUCCUAGCGUGUCGUUUUUGUAUCAUUUGGUCGUCUCAUUUCAUAGUACAAGUAGAACAACAAACUGACGAGCACGACCCGCAGUCUGACUUUUAUUUUUGGAUUUCACACACAGGAUUCGAUCAUCACUUUACACACAGGAUUCGUUUAUCAUUUUACACACAGGAUUCGAUCAUCAUUCUACACACAGGAUUCGAUCAUCACUGUCCGUUCAUUGGAAAUUGCGUGGGCGCCGUGAACUACAAGGCCUUCUGUCUGUUUAUACUGUUUAGCUGCAUCUGGGCAGUCUUCGGGACCUACACUCUCGCUUGCGAAACGGCAUCGUUUACGAUAGUAUCCAAUCCCUUAGACGAUCUGCAGUACCAGGCAGAGCUAGCCGCUAGUAAUCGUGCAAGGCUUGAACAGGUCUUCGACUAUCACAGAAAAUCGCUAUUGGUGUUGCACCAGGAACAAGAAGACAUCGCUACAACAAGGACUCUUCAAGUACAUUCAAAUGCUGGAGGUGUUGACCAAGAGGCAGCUCCUGCGAGUAGUCGUGCAGGCGGAUUUGGUAGCGCCAGGAGUGGUAAAGUAGGUCCCGCCUCAGGCUUACCAACACAAUCACAGGCUAAUGUUCGUACUAAGACUGGCAAUGUACUAGCCUCAUCUGCUGGAGCAGGAGGAGAAAACACUUUUCCUAUCGACCACCACACUCACCAGCUGCAGGGUCGCCAAGUUCACCAAGACCAAGGACCAGAUAAGGGAUACGGCUCUUGUGGUAUAGCCGGGACAGAUGAUGCAGUUGCCUCGGACCUCGUAAUACCGCGUCCAGUGCCACUGUACAUCACACCGAAGAGGUUCAACUGGUUUCGCGACGUUCUGCUUGCCGCCGCCUACAUUAAGAGAUCUAGUGUGCUGCGAUUGCCAUUGCAUCUGACUCUGAAAGUCUCAAAGAGUGAGAAGUAACUUCACGUUCACUACCCAAAUCGUUUAUUAUUAUAUAUAUGAAAUCUUCUAUCAUCCAGAUUGAAAGAAGAUGAAGAGACUUUUGAGGGAAGAAGACAAUCCUGAGAUGAGAAGUGGCCACUUCCACUUCGGAGAGUAGUUACCCCGAGCCCGACAUAAUAAGUCAUCUUACUUUUCCUAGUACUCAUCAUUAUCUGAUGCUCGUACAGCUUUCUGAUUCUGCUCCAUGUAGUUCUAACUCGUAAAGUUUUUACCCUACUUUACUUUACUACUACGCCUUCUUCUAACCACUGACCGCACAGAAGAAGAGAAUACAAGUCCACGUUGAGCAAGUCGACCUCUGGCGAAGUAGAGGAAGGCGUAGGGCGCGCAGGAAUGUUAGGGAACGUCGAUCCAGCGAUAUCACCGCCACCAUUCAACAGAAUGCACGAAUGCACCGUAUUCCAUCAUUUUUUGCUUCUUGUUGGAUGGUUCUAGUCCCUCUUGUUUACCAUAAUUCACAAUUCAUUGUUCUUGUUUCGUCACUAUUGGACUGGACUCAAUCCUACCCCUGCACUUGCUAUUGCUCUCAACUUCCAGCGUGUGCGCACCGCGUUCCGGACUCGAAAUGGUGUUUACCUUCUCUGCCUUGUUACCUCAGUCCUCUGGUGGGGGUUUAUGAUUUUGUUUCCCGGUAUCAUGAUCACGGUCCAGACGGGUCAUUUGCAUCAUAAUUCGUGGCCUCUUGCUAUGUUUGGAUUGGACGAAGGCAGCGCAGAAAUGGCAACAGUUUUCGGCGAUAAUCAGAAAGUUCUCAAACUCGUCUCCACUUCUUCUUCAACUAGUAGUACACCAGUUUCUAGUUCUACCGCUUCUGGACUUGUGAAGCAAAUUGUCGAGGAAACUACGCCAUGGUGGUGCCGCUUUAGUCUCUCGGAAUCAUGUCAGCCAUACGGACGAAGAUCAGUGCACGAUUGGUCCUGGUAUCAGGCGGGCAGAUCGGAGCGGGACUACAUGGACUCGCUGUUGAACCUCAAUCCAACGCCGACCCCCGCUCGAGCGAAUGGGAUGUAAUUGUAAAGUUUGCGGGUGUCAAAGUCUAAGCACUUUUACUUACUUACUUUGAAGUUGUUUCCCGUGUACUAUUUGGGCGAUACGAUUACAUACUGGGCAUCAUUCAAAUUUCCGACUUCUUGCAUGAUUUGCAUACGAAAAUUAGCUAUAGUUACUUCCUCGGAUGAAAUUAAGUUUAGCUCGUGUUGACAUUGACCACAUUGACAUUUUCAUAGCAUGAUGCAUAUUCGUUAUCACCAUGUUGACACAUCUAAUAUAAUAGCAGAUUUCUAAAAAUCCACUUUCACACGCACAUCUGCUCGAUACACGCAUUGCAAACUAAAUUCGACAUAAAUCACUCCCGCCUUUUGAGAUCGUCCCCGCGCCCAUCCUGCGACACGCAAAGAGAUCUUUAAUCUUUGCAACGAACUGCAUCCGGAUAAAAAGGACAUACCAAGAUCUAUCAUGUCUGCUGACCUGCAUAAGUUCAUAAUUAUCGUCGUCUUAUGAAAUAUAAGUUGACCGUCACAAGCUGUUUACAACGUACUGUGUUAUCUUUAAUGUUUACAACGAACUGCAUCUGGAUAAGGAUAAAUCUAUCAUGUGAGCUGACCUACAUCCACACGCACACGACUCUUACGAUUCAUCUGCUCAAUUAAGAUUAAUCCUCCGGCUUUCCCCACAGUGGCGCCCGCGGGUGUCAAGUGGGCAAGGCCUUUGGUCGCGCUGUUCAGUUCGCCGUAGGGUGCCGCCGCGCUGACCAGGAUGAAUGAAUGAGGAUACAAUUUACUUCGUGACGAUUUUCGCCGUCUUAAAAUUCACUGUGCUCACAUGCAUAGCACAAAGUCAUCGAUCCCCGUUCUACUCCACUAUCGGAUCCGUAAAAAACGUUCUUUGAACCUCCUCUGACAUAUCACGCAGCAUACAAAUACAUCGCAUCGCAACAUAAUUUGCAAUUAUUUGAUAGAACCAGAUAACAUAGCUUCUAAUGAGAUGAUAAAAGAUCAUACACAAGAUAUAUAAGAUGAACCGCUCGCACCUCCGCAACUCCAAGAGAGGCCGCACAUGGAAGUUUCCCUGUUCCAACAUUCACCAUGUCGUGGAUGUACACCCACCACUACAACGAAGAUGAUGAUCUGUGCCUGUGGAUAUCUGAUUGCGGAUGCUC